AUGCAGACCAAACGUUUCCUGGGCCUGAAUGGCACCAAGCUACAGGUCGCCAUCGGGUUCCUGGCCGGCAUGGAUUUUCUUCUGUUUGGUUAUGAUCAAGGUGUCACUGGUGGCCUGUUGACACUCGAGUCUUUCGUCAAAUACUUCCCCGAGAUUAACACACUGGAAUCAUAUACAGAGGGCUGGAGCUCAGCGGCGAGAAGCAACCAGUCAACUCGACAAGGCAUCACAGUCGCAGCGUACAACUUGGGUUGUUUUGCAGGUUCGAUUCCCACAAUUUGGAUCGGAAAUAUUCUUGGUCGUCGCAAGGCCAUCUUUAUCGGCUCUUUCAUCAUGUGCAUCGGUGCCAUUCUGCAGUGCACAUCAUAUGGCCUUGCGCAGUUUAUUGUGGGAAGAUUGGUCACUGGCUUUGGCAACGGAAUCAACACCUCCACAGUCCCCACAUGGCAAUCCGAAUGCUGCAAGUCUCACCGACGAGGUCAAAUGGUCAUGAUCGAGGGAGCCAUGAUCACCUGCGGUAUCACAAUAAGUUACUGGAUUGAUUUCGGCUUAAUGUUCGCCGACCCAAACGAAGUCGCAUGGAGAUUCCCACUCGCUUUCCAGAUAUUUUUCGCUGCAAUCAUCCUUGGCUUCGUCAUGUUCUUGCCCGAGUCUCCUCGCUGGCUCAUUUUGAAGGGUCGCGAGGAGGAAGCAAAAGAAGUUCUCGCAUGCCUGAUGGGUGACGAGACGGACGAGCUUUUCAUCGAAACCGAGUUCACCGCUAUCAAAGCUACUGUGCUGGAGAUGGCAACGGGGUCUUUCAGGGACAUGUUUACCAUGGGCGAGGACCGACACUUCCACCGCACCAUGCUGGCGUAUGUCAAUCAGAUGUUCCAGCAGAUUUCCGGUAUCAACUUGAUCACUUAUUAUAUCCCAACUCUCUUGGAGAGUCAAGUUGGGUUGGAUGCGACAACUUCACGUCUCAUCGCCGCUUGCAAUGGCACUGAGUAUUUCAUCGCGUCCUGGAUUGCUGUUUUCACCGUUGAGAAGUUUGGUCGCCGAUCACUGAUGCUAUUUGGCGCUGUCGGCAUGUCAAUUUCGAUGGUGGUUCUUGCAAUUUCGGACAGUAUUUCUGCGAGCCACAAAGGAACUUCCACGGGAGUCAAAGCUGGUAUUGCCCAGACUGUUUUCUUGUUUGUGUUCAACACUUUCUUCGCGAUUGGAUGGCUCGGAAUGACCUGGUUAUACCCUGCCGAGAUUGUUCCGUUAAAAAUCCGUGCUCCAGCCAAUGCCUUGUCCACUUCCUCCAACUGGAUUUGGAACUUCAUGGUCGUGAUGAUCACCCCGGUUGCUUUUGAGAGUAUUGGGUACAAGACAUAUGUCAUCUUUGCUGUAAUCAACGCCGCAAUCGUGCCUGUGGUCUACUUCUUCUUCCCGGAAACAACCAUGCGCUCACUCGAGGAAAUGGAUCGCAUAUUCCGCAAGACCACAAGCGUGUUCAACGUGGUUUCACUGGCGCGAUCAGAGCCCCAUAUGUAUGGACCGAAUGGUGAACUGCUCCGCACUUUGGACGACGUCGAAGAUGAUGCUGUCCGCCGAGCCAGCGUUUUGAACAAAGAAAAUAAGGCCCAGCAGCAAGCUCAUACCCAACAUGCAGAGAAAUACAGUGAUGGCAAUACCAGCGAAGAGAGGUAG